AUGUCAAAUUUUCAACAAACAUCACAACUUUACGGUCUUCUUAAAAAAGAAUGGGAAUCCCCUAAUAGGAAUUUAAAAAAAUGUGGAGAAUUUCUAACAAAACUUAAAAUUUUAUUAUCAGAAAUACAACUUUUACUUCCUGAAGGAGAAUUAGCAGAUAUUAAACAGCUUCUUACUGCUCCAGAGUUCCAUACAGCAUUAGAGAAUAUUGAACCCGAGCAACUUUUAGAGAAUGAUUAUAUUAAACAUCCAGUUCAUUUGGAACAAUAUCUCAUGGAAGGAAGUUACAAUAAAGUUUGGAAUUCCAGAGAUAAAGUUCCUGCGCCAGAAUAUCUUUUUUUUAUUGAUAUUUUAAUGGAAACCAUUAGUGAAAUUGCUAGUUGUAGUGAAAAGGCCUAUGAUAAUUUACCAUUAUCAGAUGCAGCAACGUUAUUAUUUUAUAAUAAUAAUAAUCAACAUGAAGUUUCAAAUUUUGCAACAGAGCGUGGAUGGAAAAUUAAUCCAGAGGAAAAGAAAAUUUAUUUUACAACAAAAGAUGAUAAUCAAGUUGAAAUACCAUCAUUUAAUAUUAUUAGACAAUCACUUCACUAUGCAAGAGAAUUAGAAAAAAUUGAGAAAAACGUUGCUUUAACAGAAAGUAGCAAGGAAAUUACUAAAUUGCAAAAUGAAUUAAGAGGAAAAAAAGAUGGCAGUAUCUUUCUUUUGCAAAAGCUUCAAAAUGAUUGUAAAAUUGCUAAAGACAAUUUGAAGAUAGCAAUAUACAAAAACUAG